GCGUUGUCCUGAUCUCAUGGCCGCCAACGCGUCGUCGUCGCUGAGCGGCCUCGAGUCGAUCAUGGCUGGUGCUUUUGCGGGCUGCGUCACACGCUCGGCCACGUCGCCGCUGGACGUGCUCAAAAUCAUCUUUCAAGUCCAAGGCGCGUCGCUCCGCCACGUCAUCGAGCGUCUCUACACGACCGAAGGCGUCCGUGGCUUUUGGAAGGGGAACCUUGCCGGGUGUUGCCGCCUCGGACCGUACUCGGGCGUCAAGUUUUACAUCUUUGACUCGCUCCAGUCGUCGUUUAGCGAGACAGGGCAUCGCCCGAGCAACGUCCACCGCGCAGCCUUUGGCGCCAUCGCGGGCAUGAUUGCCACCGUGAGUGUCUACCCGAUGGAAGUCGUCCGCACGCGCAUCAUCGUCACGACGCCCUCGUCCUCGCCGUCCAUGGGCAUUCAUCGCACGCUGCAGCACAUUUACCGCGCCGAGGGUCUUCGCGGUCUGUACCGCGGCGGCUUGUCGGGCCUCGUGGGUUCGAUUCCGUUUGAGGGCGUCCAGUUUGCGUGCUACGAGUACUGCAAGAGCCUCGCACUCGAGCGCAAGGCGGAUGGCGAGAGCCUCGGGCCGAUCGACUACCUCGGGAUCGGCAGCCUCUCGGGCGCAGUGGCCCAAACCAUCUCGUACCCGUUUGACAGCGUCAAGAAGCGGCUUCAAGUCCAGGAGCUCGGGCAGAAGCGCUACAAUGGCAUGCUCGACUGCUUCCGGAAGGUGGUCGCGGAGGAAGGGGCGAUGGCGCUCUUCCGAGGCACGCUGCCCAACAUGGUGCGCAUCGUGCCGUACUCGGCCGUCAUGUUUACGACCUACGAAGCCGCCAAGAAAUUUCUGAUGGAGAGCGCGUGAUGAUGGACGAUGGAUGUGUAUGUGCGUGUUGUACCAAUUUUUGUAAAAGUACUAAGUUAUCUCUUGUCGUUUGUGGUUGCUUGCAGUUGG